GUCCCCGGUAACGCUCGCCUGUCUCGUUCACUGAGUUCCGUACAACACUGCUAGCUGCCAUAUUUACUGUAUUAGCAUAAACAAGGGAAAGUGCACCGACAUGCCCAGCAGGGUGUUUGUUUUGGAGCCAGACGAACCCGACUGUAGUCUCCUGCCGUUCAUACAAGCGGACGGUCCGGCACGGUACCAGCUCCGUGUCCCGGGGCCCGUCUUAGACCUCACGCCCGUCCUGCCUGAACCGACACCAGUGGAGACGGCGGAGCCGAGCGCCCUGGUCCCGGUCCCGCUCCCGCGGCUGGAGCCCACCCUGCUUAACGGAGCGGAGGCGCUAGAGGUGCGGGAUACGGUCCCGACAGGACAGCGGGGCGGUCAGACUGGACCGGAGAGUCAUCAGACUUUAUCCCGGGUGUGCAGGAGGAGUGUGAACACCACGGAGUGUGUGGAAGUGCCCACCUCUGAGCACGUCGCGGAAAUAGUCGGCCGGCAGGGCUGUAAGAUCAAGGCUCUCCGAGCAAAGACCAACACGUACAUCAAAACACCUUCACGGGGGGAAGCGCCGGUGUUUGUGGUUACAGGGAGGAAGGAAGACGUUGCCAUGGCAAAACGUGAAAUUCUGUCAGCGGCCGAACACUUCUCCCUGAUCCGGGCGUCACGGAGCAAAGCGUCCGCUCUGCCGCUCCCGCUCUGUGGUGCCCUCUCGCUGCCGGGGCAGACCACCAUCCAGGUGCGUGUGCCCUACCCUGUGGUGGGGUUGGUGGUGGGGUCCAGAGGGUCCACCAUUAAGAGGAUCCAGGAGAAGACACACACCUACAUCACGACCCCGGGCCGCGAGCAGGAGCCCGUGUUCGAGGUGAGCGGGAUGGCGGAGGACGUGGAGAGGGCGCGGGAUGAAAUCAGGGCUCACAUAGCCCUGCGGACCGUCGGUAUGGACACCGACUGGCGUCACGACGACUUCCUUUACAACGGCACCGAUGUUAGCCUGAACGAUGAUUUCCGCUGCAGUGGCACAGAUAUCGGCUUGGGGCCGGCCGGCCGGGAGCUGUGGCGGCUACCCCCUAGAGCCGAUGUCAGCUCCAGCUCUAACUACCCCUGUGACAUCACAGCACCGCAGAGAAACAGCACUCGUUACCAUAACGACAGCGCCAGCUCUCUAGGCAGCACGUCCAGUGAGUCUUUCUGCAGCGGGGGGGUCGAGCUCAGUCCUGUGGCCGGAGCGGGGUGCAGGUUCUGGUUCAGUGAUGUCCAGUUGCCCUUUGGCUCUGACGAUUCCGGCAGCGUUGAUGGUUUAUCAGUGACAGCUGUGCCAGCCUGUCAGCAGCAGGCUUUGUGGGGCGGGGCCUGUCUGCCUGCCACAGCCCAGCUGCCCCCGCCCUGCGAAGACUUGCCCGUCAGCCGACUGCAGGUCACGUCACCUCCGCACCUCCCCGCCUUCUCCCGUUCUCCACACAGCGCCACACCGUAGCUGGAAAGAGAGUGACAACACUGCCCCCUCGCAGUCAAAACCUGCUUUUUUGAGUGACCCAGCCAAAGUGCUCUCUGUCUCUCACACAAACAUGAACAUACACAACCUAUGCAGCUCUCUCAAACAGUCCUCUCUGGUGUAAGUCCACCACCAGAGGACAUUUAUUUGUACAUUACAAAUCUAUUUUAAUAAUUUUUUGCAGAUGUAACGUUAGCUGCUCUCUGACAUUAGAUCCCGCCCUCAUGCCCCUUUAGACCCCGCCCCCUCACAGGGCACUGCCACAGUUGCAACUUAGCUGUAGGGCCGAAACAGUACCGUCAUUUCUAUAUUGCCAACACGUAACUUGUCAAAGGUAUGGUUAUUUACUAUUUUAAAAAGUUUUACCUGCAUGGCACCCAAAUUUCAAUUCCUAAAGAAUAUCCAAAAUCUUGUCCACUAUUUUCUGAGUAGUGUGUGGUCCGAGGUUUGUCUGGAGGUGUAAAUAAUAAGGCAGUCCUCUGACAGACUGGUGUAUUAACUGGGCAGACUGGGCUUUUCUUGCUGUGACUGUAUUUAAAAGUGUAGAAGCACGUCUGUAUAUUAACUGAUAUAGUAUAGAGGACUUUAAGAUGGUGUUUGUUUAAAGUUAUGUAAGCUACUACCCAACUGUGUCAAGAGUCAAACACGAGCUAUUUAAAUAUCUAUGAACCACACAAUUAAACAAUAGUGAUAUACAUACAAACCAAGUUUACUAGUUGUUUACAGUCUCCAUGGUUAUAUAUUUAAUUUUAUUUUUGUAAUGUAUAUAUAUAUAAGUUGUAUUAUUGCGAUUUAAAGUUAGCUAUUUUUUUAAUUGAUUUGCAUCCUGUGGGAGAAGCUUUCAAAUACAAGAGAAUUAGGAUUUUAUUUUUCUGAUUACUUAAUAAACAAUGUUUUUACAGCUGAUAAUAAAUGAGGAACUUUAAACG